AUGACGGGCAUGACACGGGUCUACCUCGUCUCGGACAGCAACAUCCCGGUCCGGUACCAGAACCUGCUCAAGAAGAUGGACGAGAUGGGCGCACGCAAGGUCGACCGCCACGUCGUGCACUCCCAGAUGCUGUCGCGCAAGCUGCUCGUCGACGGGUAUGCCAACCAGCGCAUGUACCUCCUGCGCACGUCCCAGAACGACGACCUCAUCUACGCCGUCCUCGGCAACGAGAAGACGGAGCUCUCGAUGAAGGUCGACUCGAGCGAGAACGGCUUGGACGGCCCCCUCGACGAGUGCUGCCUCCUCGAGUGUGGCCUUGAAGGCUCCAACAUCCUCCAGCAAGUCGAGAUCUACGUGCCCAAGUCGUACGGCAAGUUUGAGGGGAUGCAAUUCGCAUUUGGCGACUUUACCAUUGGCAUUUGCACGUUUGUGUGUCGCGGCAGCACGCCGACGGGGCUCGUCGUCGAGAUCCAGUACACACCGUGCUCGGUGCUCGCCGAAGCGAGCCAGGACAAGCUUCUCGACGAGCUCCUCCUGACGAUCGCGACCGGCACCGAGACGACGCCGACGGCGAAUCCGGCCGACUCGAUCAAGAAGCCGAUCGUCAAUCUGCUCGGCUUGUUUGACAAGGUCGGACUGCCGCCGCAGUACUCUCUCAAGCACACGGCGAUCCAGUACGUGGCCGCCUUCAACAUUUUACGGAAAUAA